AUGAAGUUGACAGACCGUUGAACACACCGAAAAUAUGCUCUGCGUGAGUUUGCUCCUGUGGAUAACGGUGGCCAGUGCAGCGACUGACCUUUACGUGACAGGAGCAUCGGUGGUCAGCGCCGCACCUCCGGUUACAUCCCCCACCGUCUCCCGUUAUACUCCCGAUGAGUACUGGCGUCCCGGGAUUGCGCUCGCCCGGUCUGCGGAGGAGCCGGCCAGCACGAGCACAGAGGACGGAGAGUCCUCUCACCAUCACGGAGGCGGUUUCAAGAUAGUGCAGUGGGAAUGGAGCUACGUGCAGACACCGUACAUUAUAGCCAUCUGGCUUUUGGUUGCCAGUGUGGCGAAAAUAAUGUUCCAUUUCUCUCAGCAUUUCACCACAGUGGUCCCAGAGAGCUGUAUGCUGAUUCUGUUGGGUCUGGUUCUUGGUGCAGUGGUCCUCAUCACCAGCAAGAAGCAGCCCUACCAACUGGAGCCAUGGCUCUUUUUCCUCUUUCUCCUGCCAACUAUAGUGGGCGAUGCUGGGUAUUUCAUGCCAGCACGGCUCUUCUUUGACAACUUGGGAGCUAUUUUGAUGUAUGCUGUUGUAGGCACAUUGUGGAAUGCCUUCUGCACUGGAUUCUGUCUCUACGGCUUUAAAUUGGCAGGUGUCAUAGAUGAAAAAGUAGAGGCCGGUUUGAUGGAGUUUUUGUUGUUUGGAGCUCUGAUAUCGGCUGUGGAUCCUGUUGCAGUACUCGCAGUCUUUGAAGAAGUCCACGUGAAUGAGACACUCUUUAUCAUUGUCUUUGGCGAGUCACUGCUCAAUGAUGCUGUCACUGUGGUCUUAUAUAAAGUGUAUAUAUCCUUUGUGGAGGUGGGACCAGGGAAUGUUCAUACAACAGAUUAUUUUAAAGGAAUUGCCUCCUUCCUCAUUGUCAGUAUUGGAGGAACUUUGGUUGGUCUCAUCUUUGCCGUUAUUCUGGCCUUUGUCACUCGUUUUACGAAGAAGGUGCGCAUCAUAGAGCCGCUUUUUGUCUUCCUGUUGGUUUACCUGGCCUACCUAACAGCAGAACUCUUCUCUCUUUCCUCUAUUCUUUCGAUGACUUUCUGUGGCAUUGGAUGCAACAAGUAUGUGGAGGCCAAUAUAUCCCAGAAAUCCCGGACCACCGUGAAGUACACCAUGAAAACCUUGGCCAGCAUCGCGGAGACAAUCAUCUUCAUCUUUCUGGGCAUCUCGGCUGUGGACAAAUCCAAAUGGGCUUGGGACACUGGCCUUAUUGUCAGCACACUCAUAUUUAUCUUAAUCUUCAGGGCCAUAGGUGUUAUAGGUCAGACGUGGUUCCUAAACUGGUUCAGACUGGUUCCCCUGGACAAGAUUGAUCAAGUGGUGAUGUCAUACGGUGGCCUGCGAGGUGCUGUGGCCUUUGCACUGGUUGUACUUUUAGACAAAGAAAAGGUGAAGGCAAAAGACUACUUUGUGGCAACAACCAUAGUUGUGGUUUUCUUCACUGUCAUGUUUCAGGGUUUAACCAUCAAGCCUUUAGUGAAGUGGUUGAAAGUGCCACGCAGCACGAACAGAAAACCCACCAUAAACGAAGAGAUCCAUGAGCGUGCCUUUGACCACAUUCUGACAGCUGUUGAGGACAUUGCCGGCCUGAAUGGCUACCAUCAUUGGAGGGACAAGUGGGAGCAGUUUGAUAAGAAAUACUUGAGUAAGUUGCUGCUGAGAAAGUCUGUGUACCAUAAGAGUGAGCUGUGGGAGGCCUAUCAGAAAAUCAACAUCAGAGAUGCCAUCAGUGUCAUUGAUCAGGGUGGGAAUGUGUUGACCUCUGCUAGACUCUCUCUGCCUUCAAUGGCUAGCAGAACAUCUUUCCCAGAAGUCACAAAUGUUACAAACUACCUGAGGGAAAAUGGCAGUGGGGUGUGUUUAGACCUCCAGGUGAUUGACACAGUGCCAGGAGCCAAGAUAGAGGAGGAGUUAGAGACACAUCAUGUACUUGCAGGAAACCUCUACAAACCCAGGAGACGGUACCAGUCCCAUUACAGUCGCCACUUCAUGACAGUGGGGGAUCAAGAGAGACAGGACAGAGAGGUGUUUCAGAGGAAUAUGCGUAACCGCCUGGAGUCCUUUAAGUCCACUCGCUACAAGCGCCACAAGAAGGAUCGCAGCCAGAAAAAGCGGAAAGGGUCAGAUGCUAAAGAACAAGACAUCACCGACAAAACCAGACGAAAUGUCAGCUGGCAGGACAAAGACCCAGUUUUGGUUCCUCUAGCCCCUGAGGAGGAGAAACUUGAUCCUUCUGAACCAGAUAAAGAUGAGGAUGUGGGGAUCACUUUUGUGGCUCGCAAGGCCCCAGAAACACCAAAGGAAAGACCAAAAUCAGUGCCGGCUGCACUGGAUGUGUGUCAGAGCCCAGUUGCAGCCCCUCCCUCGCUCACAUGUGGAGAGAAAACCCUACCAUGGAAAGGCGGCAUGGGUUCCCUCCCACCGUGUGUGUCAGUGGAGGCCACUAAGAUUAUCCCUAUAGACCUGCAGCAGGCCUGGUAUCAGAGCAUCUCCUCUCUAGAGAGCCUGUCCUCUCCCCCUGCUCCUCCAGAGCCUCAGCACCCACGUAUCAGUGCCCUCUCGAAGCUGGGAGGACCCCUGCGGACCCCUGUGAAAGGAAAAAGUGGUGGUGUUGGUGGUGUAGGACCAGGAAGUAGUGCAACUGCCCCAAGUUCAGGGCAGUUCCAGUUCCCUACAGGGAAGGAGGAAGAGGAGGAAGGCACUAUCUCUCAGCCGCAACAGGAAAUGCAGCCACUAAUGUCAUCUUUGAGGCCGCCACCCCCUCCGCCGCCUGCCGCUGCUUCACAAGCUGCUGGAAAGAGAAGGAAUCCUUGUGUUUAUCUUCGGAGUCUAGUGACAGCGCCACCUUCUGGGGAGAAACACAGCAGGCGGCCAACCCAGCUGUAGAAUCUUGUUCUUUCUUUCCAGUUGUUUCUUUCUUCUGUUUCGUACCCUUAAUCGUCUUCCUGCUGGUAUCAUUCUAUUCAUAAUCUCAGAUGUGCCCUGCUCAGGUCUGACUUUAUUUUUUUGUCAGAAAAUUCCUUUCUAAAAGACAAUUAAUUUGAUUUAUUUUAGCACUUAGAGUUUAGAAAUGGUUUGAGUUUGCUGACUGGCAACAGCUGAGGGUCCAGUUCUUGUGCGCAGUUCCUCUCACACAGGAAAAUCAUUCCAUUUUCCAUAUAUAUAUAUAUAUAUAUGUAUGUAAGGGUUUGAAGUGCUCUACCCUGUAUUAUAUACCUCUGUAUAUAAAAAGGGUCAAAGUGUAAACCUAUUGAAUAUAUAAAAGGCUAAACCACAUCAGCGGAAAACUGUUGUGAAAGAUUAACACAAUUCUCUAUACUACAUCACAGAAAGCACAUUGCAAUUAGGGCCAGAUGUCUUCAGUUCUACUUGCCCAAUUGGCCGCAGUGUCAGCCAUAUCAUCAGUAUCUUUACAUUGGGAUUUUCAUUGGGAACAGUCAUGCUGUGCAGGAUCCAUCAGCUUCAAUGCAGCACAUUAUACUGUUGUUAUAUUGUUAUUUCUUGCUUUGUUUUGGCAUAAAAGUGUUGUCUCUAAUACUUGUUUUAAUUUAUUUUGAAUAAAAAAAAAAUCCAUGCCUUUUAUGCUUAUAAAUGCUUAUUAUAAUUUUUUGUGAAUCUGUACUUUAAUCCAAUAAGCAAACUGUAUAAAAAAUUGUAUCCUUUCAUUCUUGCUCUUCAUUACAUCAUUUUAUAAUCUUCAUUCUGCUGGUGUGUGCUGCAAUAUUUGUCUUUUGUGUGCUUUAUCGGCAGUAGGGGACUGGUAAGCUGUCACUGUGAAAUUUUGUUUCUAAUAAAACUGUAGGUCAGAUGUGCUGCAGAAUAUCUACAAAAUCAUAUACAAAGAUAAUGCACAGACACAUCUAUGUAAUUUUAUUGCACUUCUAUUAUUGAGAUUUAGUUUA